AGCCUAAGGAGAACAUGUGGGAGAGGGAGACCUCCCUCCUAAAUCCAGAGGCAAAGCCAUAGAGAGAGAACUUUACUUUAGGAUAUCCCUGUCUGUGAAAAGCAUCAGACUAGAGGCAACUACGCUGUGAGGAAAAGCAGAGAAACUGUGAAGAAAGGAAAGAUUGCUUUCACCAUAGGACAGACUGAAACUGUUCACCAAAGAAAAAGUUGGAGACAAGGAAUCAGCUAAGCAGAGCAUAAGACAAUUGUCUACAAAAAGCAGCUGUAAACACUAUUUUCACAAAUACAGAAUUCAUUCUGGGUGAACCCUCUGGCACAAGAAAGAAUCUAAGAAAGAACUGUGAUAUGCUAUACGUCUGGACCUUUGGAAUGAAAAUUGACCUUUAGCAAAGCGAUGCGACCUAAGGUGUACACCUCAAUAAUAAGCUGAAGAUUGAACACAAAAGUAUUACGGACAAAAUACUUACAGCGACUCAUCUGGGUUUCUUCAAGUACUAAAUCAGAAAGUAAGAUUUCCUGAUUGUGGUAAAAAAAGAGCAAGCUAUUUGACAACAGUCUUGGAAAAAGACCAUGUUCAAGGCCAUCUUUCUGCUACCCUUACUAGUGUCCCUGUCAUCCGGUGAGCUCAGAGAGCAGGAUGCGCUCUGCGGGCCAAGUGAUGCAUGCUAUGCUGUCUUCUACAAGCGUCAUAGUUUUUUGGAGUCAUGGAGAGCAUGCAGAGAGCGAGGAGGCAACCUAGCUACUGUCAAGAAUUCCCAGGAGGCUGCCCUGGUGGAACAGCUUUUAACCUCGUCUACAGGUUCACGUGGUGAUAAGGAUUUACUCAAACUCAGGCUUUGGAUUGGCCUGCAACGUCAACCAAGACAGUGUGCCCCCCAGAAACCCCUUCGUGGCUUUACCUGGACUACUGGGGAUCAGGACACAGCAUUUACCAACUGGGCCCACCAAGCGUUAACUGUUGGACCACCCAGCUCUUGUUCAGCCCCAAGGUGUGUUGCUCUAGGUCUGGGCUAUGGUAAACCAGAGGAUGACUUCAAAUGGCUGGAAGGUUCUUGUACCUUGCCUGUUGAUGGUUUUAUAUGCAAAUUUCGUUACCAAGGAAUGUGUGCAGCACUAACUGAAAGUAUUGUCCGCUAUUCUGUACCCUUUGGCUACCAAGGUACCUGGCUUGACCGCCUCCCUUUUGGCACAGUGGCAGUCGUAUCCUGUGAGGGACAACAGCAGGAUGUAUCAGUGCUGUGUAUGUUGAAGGAAGAUGGCACUGUUGGCUGGAACAUGGAUGAGCCCUUGUGCCAGCCUCCUUAUAUCAGGCAGUGUCAGGGUUGCCAGCACCUGUGUGGAGAUGGAGGCGUGUGCUCUUGUCAUGACGGGUAUCGUCUCCAGCCAGAUGGGCGUUCAUGUAAACCAGAAGAUGAAAUAAGCUUUGAAGACCAUGACCUAGAUAAAGGAUGUCCUUGUCAAUACCAGUGUGUAGGCUACAGUGGCAUGGACAAAGGAUAUCAGUGUAUAUGCCCAGAAGGCUAUCAGUUGGCUAAUGAUGGGCUCCACUGUGAGGAUAUCGAUGAAUGUGAGGAAGGAGAUGAAGGACCGUGUGAUAGCAUUUGCCAAAAUACCCCUGGGUCAUAUGUUUGCUCCUGCGACCUUGGCUACGCCAUCUCAGAGGAUGAACCUGGGCAUUGUGUGGAUGUGGAUGAGUGCCGCAUUGCUCAUGUGUGCCAACAGAUGUGUGUCAACUAUGAUGGAGGGUUUGAAUGUUUCUGUAGUGAAGGGUAUGAACUUGAUGGUGAUAGAGUAAGCUGUAGACUCACAGGAUAUGACCCCAACCCACCAGUAACCACGUCUGAAGAAAGGAGUGAAGAGCAUACAGAUGAGUGGUAUCCAGAUGAAAACGGGGGUUCGUUGGAGGAUAGAUUUGAGUCUGAAUGGGAGAAUACUGGUACAUCUAAUGUAGGGAGAGAGGAAAGAUGGGAUUUGAUUGAUGUAGUGGAAGAAGAGGAUGAAACCACCACUAAGGAUGAGACAGUAAUGAAAACCCCCUCUUCUUUUGAAAUGUGGUUGCAAGAAGAGACAACUGUGUUCCCAACUAGAGAUGAACAGACCAGCACAUUGCAUUUUGUUUUGUUGAACUCUGAGAAGGAUGGAAAGAUUUCAGAAUCUGCCAGUAGAUGGCCAGUUCAAAAAACAACACUUCCAAUUCAGUUGCAGAAAGAUAUAACAAUGAAUGUCCAAACCACAACACCUACAUUAUUUUCAAUGUCUUCAACAGUGGCAGCAAGGUUUUCACCAGAAAAAAGUCCAUCUGAGAAAACUAAGGUUACAACACUGUUAGAGGCCAAAGUAACCUCAAGCAUCUCCUCAACAACGGAAUCUAGCACCACCCAAAGUUCAUGGGUUUUUACUAAGAGUUCAUCACCAGCUUCAAAUUGGCUUGUGAGUAAUCCAACUAGGGAUAUGCAGGAAGUGGUACCAAAUAAAGAUUUACCUUCAAUUUUACCAGAUGAUAAUGAUCCUAAGGAUGCUGUAGUAAUAUCUUCUGCUCCACCUUCUACUUCCUCAAUACCACAAGAAUCCAGGGGUAAGAGGGAUAAUAGAUGGUUGAUAGUUGCCUUGCUGGUGCCACUUUGUGUCUUCCUAGUGAUUAUGUUAGCAAUGGGUAUUGUUUACUGUACCCGAUGUGGAGGUGAAACUAAACCUCGCAGCGUGACUGACUGUUAUCAUUGGGUGACUGGCGGAGGGCCUGAAAAGGGUGUUCCACCAACAGUGGUUGAAACACCUUCCUAUCAGGCAAGUGUUUGAAGAAGGUGUAUAGUGAGAUAGAAUGUGAACUGUUGGGAUAGUGUUGGGUUCCUUUUUUUGAUUUGAGAGCUUUAUGUAUACAAUUAAUUUUAGGGAGUUGGUGCAAUUGGGGUACUUGGAUCUUAAAUGUGUGUUCCAAAACCUCCUUGUCUCUGUUGGUAGUCUUCUCUAUUUUUUUUACUUCUGUCUGCUCCAUCUGACCUUGUUGAGUUUCUUUAGUCUGUACUCUUUACCUAUAUCUGCCCAGUAUAUCUUUGCUUUCACAUUUCAUGUACCGUCACCUUUUGUUUCGACACAUCUUUAUAUCAGCUUGCCACAGAAUAUGUAUAAUUAACUUCUGUUAACUUGCAUACAUUGAUGCACUCUCUGCUUUUCCUUCUUAUCCCCGAUGCACCACUUAAGUAUAGAACCUUUUUCUCUUAGGUAGUGCUGUUUAAUUUAUUAACCCAUUCACCGACAGAGAGAAAGAAUAAGCAUUGCAGUGCAUUGCAUAGAAAACUUCUUUCUUGGCCUAAAUGAGUUAAAUGGGUUUACUACGGUAUUUUUAAGGAAACUAUGCAACAAAGGUGCAGCCUUUGUUCUUUUGGCUGUCUCCUCAAAUAUCACAUAGCCACAAACAGACAGAGCUCAGAAAAUGUAUUUUCCUGUCCAAGUUUAUUUAGUUCGGUGGAGAUUUCAGUUUGUCAGGCUUGGUCGAAAAUUCUUCUUUAAAGGUGUCCUCCUUGGAGAGGAAGCAAAAAGCUCAACUGAACAGGGGUAUUGUGUUGUUUAGACAGUGUUUGGUUUUUCCAGCUAUACAUAUCUCCUUAAGAUAUUUUCAUCAAGAGAAUUAGAAUUAUCUCAAAAUAAUAUGCCAUCUGCAGCAAGCUAAAACGUUCAGUGCGCUGGCAGAUUCAUAUGGAAAUAUAGUAUUUAACUUGAGGUGACAGCUACCUGAUGUAAAUAUUCCUCUGUAAACUUUACAAACGCGUUGGCUCUUUUAAGCUCUCUUUAAACUGUGUUAAUCACUUAGUCUAUAUAAGGGAUUUCAACCACUAUAAUGAAUUCCAAAAGUCUGUGUGCAGCCAAAGUGGAGACUUUUCAUGAGUCAUGAAGAAGCAGGAGGUGGAUUAAAAUUGAAAUGUUACCUCCGUUUUAAA